ACCCUUUUUGUGGUGGAUGAAGUAAGCGAUAUUAUUAAGGAUUCAAUCGAACAUUCAAUCGGCAGUCAAUUGUACCAACAAAAUAUGGUAAACAAAUGGACAGAUUCUGUAGUUGAAAAUUGUCUAACAAGACUUUGUAAAUUGGCCAAACCUUUUAAAUAUAUAGUGACGUGUGCCAUCAUGCAAAAAAAUGGUGCUGGUUUUCAUGCAGCAAGUUCGUGUUAUUGGGAUAACUUGACAGAUGGUAGUUGUACCGUUAGAUGGGAAAACAAAACUAUGUAUGUCAUUGUAUCAGUUUUUGGCCUAGCCAUAUGAAUAAUCAAAUUAAACUUUUGUACAAAAAUACUUACAUGYUUACACUAUUGAAUAAAUAAUUAUAUGUUUUGAUUUUUAAUACAACAGGUAUGAAACAAUAAAAAUAUUUUCAUACUUUUAGUUUUGUCAUAUCAUAAUCAGUAAAAUUAUAAUUGAUUUUUUACAAUACAUCUUAAUUAGAAUAUUAAUAUAGAUUUUAUUUAUGUGAUAAAAGUAUGUAUUGGUCGAUAAAACAUUAAUAACCUGAAACUAGUUAAAUAACUAAGUAUCAAUAAAAAUUGUUAUUUUUAAUUAUAGCUAUUGAAUAAUAAAUUUUG